CUGCACAGCGUCCAUGCAGAUCAAUGUCGCUCCGGCGCUGAAGCCAGUGCGCCGGUCGGUCUGGGAAUGAGCGCAACUUCCACACGCUGCUGUUUCUUUUUAUUCUCUCUUCAUUGGAAAGGCAAACGCCGGGAGGCUGCUUUCAGAGCCAGACCCGGGAUGGGCUCUCUGGCGGCCCUGCGCACCGUCCUGGUCCUGGGCUUUGUGACCGGAAUGGCGGGAUGUGUCCCCGGCCUGAACGGGACAGCGGACCGCUGGGAGGCCCUUUACUCCCGGUCCCUGGCGCGGAUCCCGGGGGAGAAGCGGGAGGAGGUCAGCCGGGACAGCGACUACCUCCUGGGCAUAAAAAGGUUACGGCGCCUCUAUUGCAACGUGGGGAUCGGCUUUCAUAUUCAGGUGUUACCGGACGGUAGAAUAACGGGAGUACACAACGAAAAUCGUCACAGUCUUCUUCAGAUCUCUCCAGUGGAGAGAGGAGUGGUGACCCUGCUGGGCGUUCGCAGUGGACUCUUUGUGGCCAUGAACCGGCGAGGAAAGCUGUAUGGAUCUUUGCACUACAACAACGAGUGCAAGUUCAGGGAGAAGCUCCUCGCCAACAACUACAACGCCUACGAGUCAGUAGCCUACCCGAGGAUGUACAUCGGACUGAGUAAGAACGGCAAAACAAAAAGAGGAAACCGAGUGUCACCCGCCAUGACGGUGACACAUUUCUUGCCAAGAAUCUAGUGGCCUCAUAAAUAGACUUCACCUCAAUUUGGAGACGGGGAAGUUGGGAUGGGGUGGAGGGGGGGGGACUCCACACCAUGAUGCACUUUCACUCCAAGCUUUAUGCAAGUGUAUCAUAUUUGAUCUUUUGUUAUGUAUAUUUUUUUUAAUUUAUGUUUCACAGCAGUUUUGUAUUUUUUUAGUAGGGGUUGUUUUUUCACCGUGGGCGGGUAAGAGAAAGAUACAAGAUGCUAAAUGUUAUUUAUGUUUUCAUUUUCUAAUUUAUCCUAUAUUUGCUGCUACUGAAUGAAAUCCUGUCUUUAGAUGCUGUCUUUGCACUGAUGGGAAAAUAUGCAAAUACAGAGCAGUGCACAGGAGACGUUUAUGACUUUACCAAGUUUUUUUUGUAUAAUUUUUAACAGAAACAGGACCCUUGGGAGUCUUAGCCUGAAAAAAGAAAUGAGGCAUGGGGGUCUUUGGUGUCAGAAGUGGUACUGAUUACCCAAAGUUAGCACUCUUUUGUGUGGCACAUGAGCCUAAUUGAAACAGUAUCAUCUUACUGCUAGAGAGAGAGAGAAAGAGAGAGACAGAGAAAGGUGGGGAGGAGAGGAGGAGGAGGAGCGGAGGGGUCAAAAAAAAAAAAACACAACCUCCACUGGUCUGUUUAUAGCUUUGCCAGGGGGGGCGAACUCUGAACUUUUCUGCCGUCAAUCUCAGUGAGACCUAUAAGACUGCAGAUAGAAAGAGGCAUCCUCUUUGACAUUAUAUAAGUGGGGAAUUUGGGUUUAAAGGCAAGUUUAAAGCGCUGAGACGCUACCGAGAAACUGUGUCCUUGACUGUGGAAUAGGACUAUUCUUUAUUUUAUGGACUGGUCUGCCUGCUUGGACAGCAGAUAUUGUAGUUUGUGCCAAGCUUAAUAAUUCAGUAUAUCGGCCAAUAUUUGAUUGGAAAAGAUAAAGAUAUUUGAACUCAAAGACAUUAUUGCAACACAGUAGUAAAGCAUUGAAUCUGAAUAUCUAAAGGUGGCAUUAGAAAUCAAUGCAUUGUUUUAUUUCUUAGGACAUUUCUCCAAAUACGUGUCUUUCGUUAUUGAACUUCGGCCUAUCACUGAGUCUAAAAUGUGGCCAUAACAGAUCAUUAAAUUAUAUGCCAUAAGAUACAAUUUUAACAGAUUAUUUUUAAAAUUAAUCUGUAUCAUUUUUUUAGGGGGUUCCACCCCGCUAGAUCUUCCCCUGUAGUGAGCUUAAAUAAGAUGUUGGUAAGCAUAUUUUUCAAACUGUGCACAGAGCCAGGCUACCUGUUUCCCCCUGUUUCAAGUCAUAGUGCUAAGCUAAGCGAACCACCUGUUGGCAGUAGCUACAUAUUUGGCAUGCACAUGAGAGUGAUAUGGAUUUAACAGCAAGAAAGCAAAAAUUAUUUCUCAAAACGUCGAACUAGUCCUUUACUGAUGUUAGUAUCUCUUCCUUCAGAUUUUUUAUGGGAUUUCUCAGGCGAUACAUCAGUGUCACUCACUAAGUGCAUUUCCCCUCCAUACACUUCCUGGUGCAGUGAUAAACAAUAACACACUCAGGAUAAAAUAAGCUCACAAAUACAUUUUGUUGAGGAUACAAACUUUGGCACAAUUUCCAGUUCUCUGUAGCGUGUCCUCUCUUUUACUAAACCAACAGCCCUCAAGCUUUAACGUCCUGCAGCAUUAGCUGUCCUAUGCACUAGCUCAGUUUAGUGGCCAUAUUUCCCAGAAUCCUUCUUUCUUUUCCUCUCUGUCUCUCUGUUAGUUUCUGCAGUUGACCGCAGCCCAGCUCUGGUAGCCAUGUUGUCCUAGUUGCGCCUUGUCACUUUCCGGCUAUCUUUACCCUGUGAUUUACUUUUAGAAAGGAUAAUCAUGGAAGAAAUAUUUACGGACAGCUGUUGGACUGUACUAUAUGCUAGGGCCAGUAACCCUAUAUUUUUCUUUAUAUAUUUUGUAAAUAUAACCUCUAAGUAACUGAAGGUGCUGGUAUUCCGGGAGGGGGGAGGACAGUUUUAAACCAACGGAGCUGGGUGGAAGUUGCCGUCUGAAGGUGUGAGGAGCGUUCCAUUGGCUGGCUUUGAUGCAAUUGAUGAAUAAAUUCACCUAUCGUCAACAACCAGGGGGAAAAAAGCACUGGUGAGAAAUAGGUGACCAUAUUUGACCUGUUUUCUAGUUUGUUUGUGCUAAACUCUCCUGAUUUCUUAUUCAGUCUUUUAUUUAAGAAGUUUGAAAUCUCAGUUUUAACAUUCCACAUACUUUAGCAUAUGCUGUAACCAGCCAAAUUGCUGUUUGGGAUUGUACUGUUUUCUCUGUUGAGUGCCUUCUGUAGGACUGAUGAUGCAUUAGUGCAGAGGCCGGCCACACUGAACACACAUGCUAGGUAUUAAGUUGCAAAUAGCUCAAGCAAAUAUGCAAACUGCCACUGUGAUGGCUUUAGGCUGCGAUUCCUUCAAACCAGCAUGGAUGUGCAGACUGAUCCAAGGCAUGCAGGCUCACUGCUGUGAGAUACAUAUCAUUGUAUACAUUGUCAGAAUAAGUGCAGAAGCCACUGUCUGCUGGUUCUGUAACAUCUCUAGUUACAGUGUUUAAAUCUCUCAAACAUCCCAGCUGGUCGGCAGUGAUGCUUGCAGGUAUACUGGUGUGUCUGGUGUGCACAGCUGUGCUCAGUGUUCUCCAGUAUCACUGCUUUGCAUGGUGGGCAUCAUGUUUACAGUAGAAUACUUUUUUGCCUUCUGUCACUGAGCCAGCCCUCUAUUCUGGCAGCUCAUUUGGUUAAUCAGCAGUCAGCAGUGUGUGACUGCUGUACUAACUUUAUGCUCAAAUGGUUAAACGUUAACAGUCACUGAUGAUCACAGAUACACUCUUUGAUUUAAUUGUACUGCCCAACAGCAUUCCAAAUCCACAAUUUCCCAUCUCACUGCUAAAAGGUAAAUCUUGUCACCAACUAAGUGUUUAUGAUAUCUUUACCUUGAAAAACUGAGAAUGAUCCCUGUGAACUCUGGAUAAUCCACAGAACAAGCUGUUAAUAAUAAUAAUAAUAAUAAUAAUAAUAAUAAUAAUAAUAAUAAUAAUAAUUACUUUAUUUAUAUAGCACCUUUAAAGACAGAGUUUACAAAGUGCUUUGACAGACAAAGCAAAAACAGGAUACUCGGGGGGCAAUAUAAGAGCAGAGUGCAAGGCCCUGAGGCCAAAGACAGGCAAGGCAGAAAUAACAAGAAGAAAAAAACAUGGUAGAGGAAAGAAGCUGAUGAAAGAUAGGGACAAUGAAAGUGAUAGUCAUAAAUUAAAAGAUUAAAAGACAGCAUGACAUAAAAGCAAGUCUAUAAAAAUGGGGUUUAAGAAGUGAAUUAAAAGAAGUCACUGACUCUGCAAGCCUUAUCUCCUCUGGCAGGACAUUCCAAAGCUGAGGGACCCUGAUAGCAAAAGCACGGUCACCUUUUAGGUUUGUGCCUCGACUUUGAACAGCCAGAAUGGUACUAAGAUCCCAAAUUCCCUUCAUUCAGUUCAAUUUUAUUUGUAUAAUGCCAAAUCAUAACAGAAGUUAUCUCAGGACACUUUUCAGAUAGAGCAGACUCUACCCACUAUGCUAAGUUUCUAAUAAAAAAUAAUAAGAAUCAUGAAGAAUUCCACAUAUUUCAAUAGCAUUUUUUACCUCACCAAAAAUAAAACAACAUAAACAGCAAUUUAUAUACAAUUUUUCGAGAUGAAAUCAAGCGAGGAUUGGGGUCAUGUGAUGCCAUUUGUUAAAACCAGUGAGAAUUCCAGCUGCUGCAUUCUGAACCAGUUGGAGGCAAGAGAGUGACUCUUGGUGUCUGCCAAGAAAGGAGAGGAGGUUGUUAGGCUUUGUUCACACUGCAAGCCUUUGUGCUCAUUUCUGAUCUGAUUUUCCUUUUGUUUGGCUGUUCACAUUAUUUUUUAAUGUGGCCCAUAUCAGAUGCCAGUCAGAACAGAACAGACCACAGUCCUGAAAUGACCUGCAUGACCUAUGCCCCUAUCUAUGACAAGUCUAUCUAGAAUCAUGUAAAAGUCAUGUGAAUUCUGAUGUGACUGUUCACACUGAGGUCCCACUGCAAAAUAAAUCCGACCUCUAUCUGAUUUGGACCACAUAUGAAAGUGCCCCAAAUCAGAGUUGAAAAGAUCAGAUUCCAUGUGAUUUGUGCUGUUCACACUGUCAUGAAAAAUAUGAUCUGAGUCACAUAAGAGCAAAAAAUUCAGAUUUGGACAGGCAGUCUAGUCUGCAGAACAUUAGUCCAUGAAUGACUUUUUCCAGGUCACAGUGUGAGUCAAAUCCCAUUACUGUGUUCCAGGGACAAUUUUUUGAGGAUUAUCCAGAGUAACAAGAACAUUGUUUCUAGAUUUUGAUCUGGAGUUAUUUAAAAGCCAUUUUUGGAUCCUGUAAGCACAACAAAUAAGAGGUAAAGGGAGUAAUUGGAGAAACAACCCCCCCCAAAAAAAAAAAAAAAACCCAGCAUGCUUUGAUCAACUUAGAAGUAAGUCAGAAAAUGCUGUUUUUAAAUUUGCCUCAUGAAACAUCAAUAGUGAGCUGUUGAUGAGGGUGUGUAUCAGGGAGUGUAUAUUUAAACACACUCCUUUCGAUGGUUAUAGAAAUGACUGGAUUUCAUUGUUCACACUGGUUUAUAUUCCUAAACUGUAAACUGUUGAUAUAUUUCUCUCUGCUGCCUGGACAUGCGUUCAGGGAAAUAUAUAUUUUUUUAUCAUGAGGUGAUGAUAUGAUACUGUACUAUCUAUGAUUCUGAGUCCUGUGGUCUUAUGGCAAUUUUGUAUCAACUACUUUUAUCAGCUGUCCUGUAGUUUUAUACAGGACCUAAUAAAAUGUCAGCUGUAUGUGCUGUGCACAUGACUAAAGUCUAACUUAAGGGAGGUUGACAAUAAAAUCGAGAUCCUGUAAAUGUAAGGUGUGUUGUUAUCUGUAUUUUUUAAUAAGAUUGUUGUUUUUGUACAGUGCUUUUUUUAAUUAAAAAUAUGUAUAUCUGA